UGGUGGUGGAGGAGGGGGGUUUUGGUUUCGUAUCUUGUUACUCUUUAAUAAGUGACGUGGUUCCGGUUUUGUACGUUUUGCAUGGUUACAAAUUUCGACACAGGCGACGCCGUUCCUCUGUUGUUGUUGUUGUUGUGGUGGUUUUUGUUUAUUCUCAGGCGUUUCUGGUCGAGCCGCCUUUUUUCCUCCUUUUCCCUUUCCUUUCUCCUCUCUUUUCCUCUUUUUCCUUUUCCUCCUGGAGAUUUCCCCCCCAUUCCCAACCCGCCGUCGGUCCGGUCCGGUCCGGGUCGUUCGUUCGUAGUAGAGACAUGGUGUUCUACGAGCUACCCCAGUACGUGUCCUCGUCCUCCGUCUACAUCGCUCUCUACUUGAUAUUCCUGCAGCUUCUCCAACACCAAACGCGAAGUUCCUCACACUGGAGACUGGAAUCCAAACUUGGGAAAGUGGUUCUCGUAGACAGCGAAGAAGAUGGUGGUGGUGGUGGUGCCGGAGACAACGGCGAUUCCGCUUCUUCCUCGUCGUCUUCGGGAGAGAGCGAACACGAAGAAACGGAGGAGAUAGACCAGAUAAUGGAAAUACUCACUACCAAACUUAUUGACAACGAAGGAAGGUGGUCUGUGAAUUUACACACUCAGGAAAUAAGAGACAACAACCGAAAGAAGAAGCAGUCUGCGUGGAAGAAGCAUAAGGAUUCAGAGAGUGAUGAGAACACGCAGCCUCUCUCCUGUGGGAAACCAGUUAAUUACACUGUUUAUGACCACUUGAAAGGACUCCACCACAGACAUAGUCAUCCACAGAUUGCUGAGCCAGAAGUUGCCAUAUUUCUCACAAAAAAAAUUUUGGACAAUAAAAAAUUUGAAAAUAAACUCAUAAAAGCUAGAAAAGAAAAACCUCAUUCUAUUCAUGUUAUGAAUUCUAUUGGAAAUUUCUUAAGAAUAAAAGGAAAAACUCUUUUAGCAAUUGAGUGCUUUCGUAAGGUAUUGUCACAAACACCUCAAGAACCAGAAGUAUUGUUAAAUUUAGGCAGAAUAUUUCUCCGACUUCACUAUCUUGAUGAUGCAUAUCAUUUAACAAAGAUAUCUCUUCAGAAUCUUCCAGCAUAUCAAAAUGCCUGGUCACAGCAUUUUACACUCGGAGAAAUAUUCAAAAUUUCAGGACAAUAUUCAAAAGCUUACGAUCAUUUCCAAUAUGUUCUUGACUUAAAACCAGGAUUUUCACCAGCGGAAAGUCAUUUGAAAGAGAUAAAAGAGAUUCCUGAGCACCCUGUGAUGCAAUAUAUUGUAUGUUUCUUUAUACUUCUUGUCUGUUUUUUCAUUUUUGGUGUUGUUAAUUCUGGUAACAAACAUGUUAAAACACAACGGUCGUUCAACAGAGCUAUGGCAAUGAAAUCGUUGAAGCACAGCUCGUCCAAAUUUGUCAGGAUACGGAGAUGAACUAGUUAAGAAAAUUGUAAAAUUGAAGUUCUGGGAUACAAAUGAAAAAAGGAAUUGUUCUUGCAUAUUUUCUCUACCUUUCAUUUGCUUUGCUCUCUCUCUUUCUCCUCCAUUUCUCCUCUAUCUUUCCUCUCUCUCCCACUGUCUCCGUUUCUCUUCCCUCUCUUUCUCACUGUCUUCCUGUUUCUCUCUCUCUCUCUCUCCCUUCCUGUUUCUCUCUCUCUCUUUCUCUAUCUCUCUAACAUUCAUUUUGAAUGUUUAAUUUUUGAAAUGGUUAAGUGAUUUGUUAUUGAUCUUUUAAGUCUGAUAAAAUGAUAAAUAAAGUCAAGAAGAUAUACUGGACCAAUAAUUAAAACUUUCUGUUUUCUGCCCGAAAAUUGGUACAUAACGUACGCUUUAAAGUAACAGGUUAACUAACUUUUUAAGUGAUAUUUAAGAAUAAACAAAGAAUGGAAAUAAACAAUUCAAGAAAAUUUUCAAAUAAAAGUUAUUAGCAAAAAACAAAAAGAAAUUUCAA